AUGUUUUUUCAGUGUGUAGAGGUUGUUCCAGGCAUUCGGCCCCUGAGAUCGCUGGCCUCGUGCCCAAGGCACAUCUUCCAGCAGUCCGAUGGAUCGAGGUACUCGGAUCGCGGGAGGGGCAGGCCCAACGCCGGCGAGAGGGAGGAGCGGGAGGAUCGGGAGGAACCCGGAUUCCGAGGUGGGGUUGUCAUCGGCAACCCUUCGGAUACUGAGCCGCCCACCUACGAGGUGGAACAAGUCGGUAAAAAGCACAAUGGAGAUCCAACUUUUCAGGCCGUGCUCAACAUUAAAGGCCAAGGAGGGCGCAUCCGAUCCUUGAGAGCUCCGCCCAGGGCAAACGAGGACGACGCACGCGAUGACGGGGAGGAGAUGAAGGACUGCUUCAUGAAGCACGGCAUGCCUGGUCUGCGGGAGCUCCAGCAGAAGCAGCGCCGCAGUCGGAUCAGCUGA